CUCAUCGCAGGGGGCGCCAGGUGAAUGAAAGGGGGGCGUGUCGGUGCGCGUAGCUCGUCGGCGGCGCGGCUGGAACCCGCUGGAAGCGAUACAGGCUACUCCAGAGCGGCAGCAGCUGGCGGAGCAAUGGAGAUGCAAUCCUAUUAUGCCAAGCUCUUGGGGGAGUUGAAUGAACAGCGGAAGAGGGACUUCUUCUGUGACUGCAGCAUCAUUGUGGAAGGGCGGAUCUUCAAGGCCCACAGGAACAUUUUAUUUGCUAACAGCGGCUACUUCCGAGCUCUGCUCAUUCACUAUAUCCAGGACAGUGGGCGGCAUAGCACCGCCUCCUUGGACAUUGUCACCUCCGAUGCCUUCUCCGUCAUCUUAGAUUUCUUGUAUUCUGGGAAGUUGGAUUUGUGUGGGGAGAACGUGAUUGAAGUAAUGUCGGCUGCCAGCUACCUGCAGAUGAAUGACGUGGUGAACUUCUGCAAGACAUACAUCAGGUCGUCCCUUGAUAUUUGCAGAAAGAUGGAGAAGGAGGCUGCCGUGGCUGCAGCGGUGGCGGCGGCGGCGGCGGCGGCAGCAGCAGCAGCAGCAGCAGUUCAUCAGGUUGACAGUGGAAGCCCCAGUUCGAGCAGGGAGGGGACCUCCUGUGGUACCAAGAGCUUGGUCUCCUCUCCAGUGGAGAGAGAAGAGAGUGUGGACUGCCCAAGAGAGUCCCCUUGCGGUGACUGCGCAGAUGGCCACCCCUUGGAACUGGUGGUGAGAGACAGCCAGGGCGGUGGCUCAGUGGACAGUGACCUCUCUACUCUGUCCAAACGGAUAGAGCCCAAGGUGGAAUUUGAUGCUGACGAGGUGGAGGUGGAAGUCGGUGAACCACUGCGGCAUUACGCUGCCCCGCUGAGCCUGGCCCGGGGGGAGGAGGGCUCGCCUGGCGGGCAGGUGGUUGACUUGGCUUACAGUAACUACCACGUGAAGCAGUUCCUGGAGGCACUCUUGCGCAACAGUGCUGUCCAGAGCAAAGACGAUGUGGACCAUCAUUUUUCUCGGAGUCUGGAGGGAAGACCGGAGGGUGCAGGAGUGGCCAUGGGUUCCAUGAUGGAUGUUCAGACGGACUGGUAUGGGGAGGACUCAGGUGAUGUGCUGGUCGUCCCCAUCAAGCUCCACAAGUGUCCUUUCUGCCCUUACACCGCCAAACAGAAGGGCAUCCUCAAGCGGCACAUCCGCUCGCACACGGGCGAGCGGCCCUACCCCUGUGAGACCUGCGGCAAGAGGUUCACUCGGCAGGAGCACCUGCGGAGCCACGCCCUGAGCGUCCACAGAUCCAGUCGUCCAAUCAUCUGCAAGGGCUGCAGAAGAACCUUCACGAGCCACCUGUCCCAGGGGCUGCGGCGCUUCGGGCUGUGUGACAGCUGCACCUGCGUCACAGACACGCACGAUGACGACGACGACUUGAUGCCCAUCAACCUCAGCCUGGUGGAGGCUUCGUCCGAGAGCCAAGAAAAGAGUGACACAGACAAUGACUGGCCAAUCUACGUGGAGUCUGGUGAGGAGAACGACCCUGCCGGAGACGACUCUGAUGACAAACCACAAAUUCGGCCCACCUUAUCAGACUGAGAGACACUUACGUAGCAAAAAACUGGUGGGAGAGAAGUUUCAGAAUUUGUUAGUGCUCAUUCUGCAGUUGAAAGACACCAUGCGUCCAAUAUCGUGGAACCCUGAGAGGAACAUUUUUUCACUGUGGUUAUAUUUGCAUUUUUGUUAGACUACAUGGUAGAGGUUGGAUCUUGUGAUGCAGAGGACUGAUAACUUUAUUGCAGUGUGGGGGCCUUGCUUUCUGAGGGCUCUGCUGGCCACUCCUUCGUUCUGCGUGAAUCAUGGCUGGCCCUAAGCCUUCCUGUUUUUUGGCUGUGCAUCCAAACUCUGUUUAGGAGAAGAUAAAUCUUCAUACGUAUUUUCAUGUUGUCCCAAUCCUCUGCAUUCCUUUGUUAAUCAUCCUCUUUCUCUGAAAAGGUGGGCGAGACUACAUUAAGUUUUGUUAUCAGUCUUACCUUUGCCAAGCCUUUCCUACUGAAUUCCACAUUUUGAUUUUUCUGGCAAAGCAUGAAAGAGGAAGAAGCUUCAUUGACAGAAAGCAGGCAGGGCUGUCUGACUACAUGAUCGUGAAAGGUACUCUCUAAAUCUAAGACUGCAGUGUUAAAGGCUGGGAGUAUUGAUGUGCAGACAGCAUGGAAGUGAGCUGAAAGGCUCAUAAGGCAUCCUGUCCUGCCCAAUUGAAUUAAAUUUUAAGUUGGCCCCAAGAAGGGAGUCUGAGCCCAGGUCUAGGUGGUUUCCCUGUCUGGUUUGGUAUCUGAGGAUUCUAAGCACGCAACCUGUUCUGUGAUCCUAAAACAAAUCAUCUGGGCAAAACUAAAAAUGCUCCUCUACUUUUUCCAGCCAUUUCCAAAAACCAUUGCUGUGUAACCAGGAAAUGCAGCUGCCCCUGACAUUAUUUUUAUUUUUAUUUUUUUUUCUUCCCCCUGCCACCCACCCCCCUGUGACAUUCUUUUAAUUAGUUUAUGCCUAGAACUUUAACUGGAGGGCAAAUGUGAGCCCAUAUAUAUAAGUUCUAUUUCUAAAACAUUCAUCUUUUGAAAGAUCCUCUUGAGGGAGAGGGAAGGAUAGUAGAAAAACAGGUUUCUAAAAGCCAUCUGCUUUUCACCCACUUUGCAGCCAUACAAUUAUUCUAACAAAAUAGACUGAACUCUUUAAAAGGGCUAAAGGGCAGGAAAUAAUAGAAAUUAGGGAUUAUAACUGAAGGCAUUUCAUAAUUUUGUCUUAUGUUAAAGUAUCCAAAAUAGACUUAAAAAUCUGCUUGUCUUCCUUUAAUGGUUGCAUCAUUGUUCUUGAAAAGGUGGUAAAAUCACUUUUCUUUCUGCCUCUUGAACAAAAAUACAAUCAAAACCAUUAUAAAUUGGGUUGCAAAAGUCAUUGAACAGUCAGAAAGUUCUUUAAAUUGGACUUCUUAAUAGUAAUUAGAGCAACGAGACAGGGCUACUCAAACCGUGCCCACAGGUAGGUGCUGCUCUGUGAAUUAUUUGCAACAGGUCUGUGACAAGGAAAGUCAGAAAUUAAGAGUAAGCAUACAGAAACUUUUAUAACACUUUGACAUUGCUGUGGCACCCAAGCAUGUGAUCAGUGGCAUUGUCUUCUUGAACAGGGCAUGAACUGGUGCAGGCGUGGUCAGCUGGAGAGCUCCACAGCACAGAGGUUGGAUCCAGUCUGUACAGGAGGACCAUGCAUUGGUCUGCCAUAGAUUGGAAAUUUUAAAACUGGUCUUUUACCUUAGGUAGUUUGAGAAACAUUGUUCUAGAUCGAGAGUUACACAUUGAAAAUUAUCAGGGACCAGAGACAUUUUUUAAAAUCUGAAAUGAAAAUAUUGGCUGUUUUUAAAUGAAAUCUUUUAAAUGAAAUAUUUUAAAAGAGUGAACUCAGCAAAAAGGAAACCUAAAUGGAUGUGUAGAUUUACUUUGCAAGGAGCAGUUUUUGAUAUUUUUGCUCUCUCUGUUUAAUUUCUGAUGUUUUAAUAUGACUUUUCUACCUCAUGGUUCAACCUCUCUGCCUACUUUUCUCCGGUGGAGCUAUGUGGUUCUCUUCAGUGACUUUGUGACCUAUUCGUAUAACUGGGUAAAUAAUUUUAUAUUAGAGAUUUCAUGGUGAGACAGUGAUUCUCAACUGAGAGUCAGCGGGGCACAGUGGCACAUUCCUGUUGUCCCAGCUACUUGGGAGGCAGAGGCAGGAGGAUCGCUUGAGUCCAGGUGUUCAAGACCAACCUGGGCAACAUAGCUAGAUCCUGUCUCAAAUAAAACAUUUUUCUUAAAAAACCUAAAAGCGUAUCAGGAGAUGAUUUUGCCCCCUGUAGGUUGCUACUGACAUCUAGUGGGUAGAGGCCAGGGAAGCUGCUAACCAUCCUACAAUGUCUAGGACAGGCCUCACAAUAAAGAAUUAUCUAGUUCAGAAUGUCAACAGUACCAAGAUUGAAAACCCUGCUAUAAGAUAAAGUAGAAUUUUAAAAAAUCUACCUUUAAUAAAUGGACCUAAUUUUGUGUUCUACUUUAGACUACCUUUACCUUCGUAAUAUUUAAUAGGCCCUUAUGCUCCCACAAGUCUUGGAAAAUAGUAGAUUAGUAAAAUGAGGAGCUGAGGCCAGAUGGUUUACAGCUUGCCCAAAAUCCAAUUUAGUUUUAUGAUGUAGAAACUUAGAAAAUUCUGACUCAUCCAUACACCCAGAACCAUUCCUAGGCUGAUCAUUUUGUUAAAUUUUAUUUUAUCUUUUCCCUCUCCUCUCUGCAUUUUGUUAAAUUUUAAAGUAGCAGAAUCAUUGGGAGGAGAACGGAAUGUGUAGCUGAAUAUUUAAGUGAUUCUCUUUCUUCCAUAAUGUCUCAGAUUGUCGCAUUCCCAGCUGACUGUUUGGGCUUUGUGUAUUGGCACUGGUUGUCCCCGGCUUGCUGAACCCUAUCACUUUGAAAGGAGAUACUUCCUUUGUCUGCACCAUCAGAUCACAAACUGGUCCUCUUUUAAAUUUAUGUUCACAUCUGGUGGUGAGUAUUUAUAAUCAUGGUGUCUUCGAGGUUUAAUUUGUAGAGUUGGUGGUAUUUUUAUACUAAGUAAAUUCACAGUUGAGCCCAACACAGGCCAUUAGUGAUUUAGUUUAUAUUCUGGCAUCUUUCUGGCACAUUCAGUCCAAGUCCACGAAGGGAUAUUUUUGUCUACCCCAUAUCCACUGGAAUGUCUCAUCUUAGACAUAUUGCAUGGAUGGAAACAGGACUCUUACUUGUGUAAUAAUGGAAUUCCAAAAUGGCAUUCUUGGGAUGUUGUUUCUCUCGGGGGUUGGGACCCCCUUCUCGAGAGUUGGGGAAGGAAUGUAAAUAGGGUUAAUAACUAUAAUAAUUAAGAAAUGACACAGGGCAUUAUGAUUUUUGAUCAUUUGACAGAAACAUGCCGCUCUGAUGUAAAUAUUGUGGUGGCCAGUGGACUUCGAAUAUUCCUUAAGAAAGCUGCAGAUCUAGUGUCUGCAAAAUGGUGUGGAAUUGAGUAGUCCAGUGGUUCAGAAUACUGUGGUGGGUUUUUUGUUAUUGUUAAUUGAUGUUGUGACAAACCCCACAGAGAGAAAGGCCACAGGGAGGGCUGCAUGUGCUGGAUCUGAGAGCCAUUGGGGCAGAGUGGAGUGGCCUUGGGUCAGCUGAACUCACUCUGUUUCAUUUGGAGCUCUGGGGUUUUCUUGUGUGUCCCUUGUGCAUUGAGAAUAGAAUUUAUCUGUGAAGUCUAGUGUAACGGGGUAGGGAGGGAUCAAGGGUUGGGGUGGGUGAGAAGUUCCUGCUCCACUCUUUUUUGAGCAUCACCACUGUGCUUCCUGUUGGUGUUGGAAUCCUGCAGCUGCCUUGUGCUUUCAUGUGAUCACACUAUCUUCUAAAGCAAAAGAGGGGCACUUUAUUCAGUUGCAUAUAUGAUUUUUGUUGCUUCUAUAGUUUUGUCUUUCAUUUCAAUAUUACCAUAUUCCUCAAACCUUUCCUUGUAGUUCUAGAAAUUUGAAUUUUUUUUCUCCAAAUGAUGCAUCUGUAGAGAUAAAUGGAAAGUGUUUUGGGGGGAAGGAGUAGUUUGGUUUCUAGCAUGUUUUAAAAGGUGACCGUAGCUUACACCCUCAUGUGAUCAGAAGAUAUGGAACCUUCACAACUGAAGGAGGACAUUUAGCGUCUGUUUUGACCCUCCAGGUAAAUCAUUUUGCUACUGCCAAUUCUUCAUUGACAACUGUGGUUUUGGGGGGCAAUUUUUAUAUCCAUCAUUUGAUAUUUGGACCUUUGUCAUUAAUUUAUUAAAAAUCAGUGGAGGUUAGGGAGGGGGUUGUGUACUUUGAUGAAGAAGGUUUAGUAGUAACGAGAUUGGGGAUUUUGAGGGAAGGCAUCAAUUUGAUAGACGUGUUGGUGGCACAUAAUGGAUACGGAGUAUCUGUCAUACAGACAGUGAAGGGUAUGAUCGGGUUUUUUUAGAAGCAGAAAAACAUGUCAUGCCAAACUUUUUCACAUCUUUUAUGGUCCAUAGCCCCUGUAGAGCAUCUACUACUACCAGAAAAAUAAGCAAACAGUACUGCAGUGCCUCCAGGCGGCUACUUAGGCUCAGCUGAAGGUUUAGAAACAUUCAAACGUAUAAACUGCCACACUUGGCAUCAGAAGGGAUAUAGGUGGGAAGCACAGCUUGCCAGCAGGCCGAGCCAGUUGCUCUUCUGUGGAAGUCCCUGCAGCUGUCUGUGUGGCACAGAUCAGGUGCGGAGCUCAGGAGGCAGAGCCGCGUCAGACAAGUAUGGGAGCUGCCCUGGCUUAAAAGCUUCUUGUCCCAAGGGAACAAGUAUCUCUUACAACAACUCCACAGACCUAGCUUCCAGGGUCCCUAGCAAAGAUAUACCUGUUCCAAGAGUCACUUAGGGAACCCCAAGACUGUGGCUUCCUAUCAGGUAUUUAUAUUAAUAGUUCUCCAAGUCCAGAUGCAAUUUGCCAAUUAGGGGUCAUUUCUACCAUAUACGAUGUUGCCUAGCAACAUAGUUGACAUAUGACUCAUUAUUAGGUUGCCAGGGGAACAGAGCUAGAAAGUUAAGGAAAGGUCAAAUUCUCACACUGAAGGGGAAUGGGCUUUGUUAAUCCUUUACUAAACACUAUGCUAAGCAGUUGCACAAUAGAUACUCUCCACCUAAUUCUUAUAAAAUAUAGCCAGAAAAAUUUCCCCUUAAAACAUAGCCAACGCCAACUCAGUGUUCCUCUCCUGAAUAGUGUUCUUUGUGCUUAGCUGCAUGUGAUGAAUACACUGUUUGCCCAUUUUGCUGAGGUAUGUGUAAGAGUUGGAUUAGCAGAAUGGUCCCAUCAAAAUAUCAUGUAUCCUUUGGUGCUACUCCUAACACAUGGGUAUAGCAUGUCAUACUGUAGGGACAUUACUGAAUGGAAAUUUCUGAGGAUUCCGUCAGCCAUACUUGGAUGGGAAGCCAUGUCCACCCAGCAACCACCAAACACAAGGCUCUUGGUAAUUAACAGUGCCUGUCAUUGCCAUGCCCUCUGGUGUUGCUCCUGCCUUCUGCUGCUGCUCCUGGUGGAUCAGUAAGUGAGGAUAGCUGGUUGUUUAUUCAGCAGUUAUCCAGCAAUUAUUUAUGGAGUCCCUAUUAUGUGUCAGGCACUAAGGGUACUUCAGUGAAGCAGCACAAUCCCUAGCCUCGAGGAACGUGCAGUGUGUAAUCUAGGAGACUAGCAAGUAAGCAGUUAUAACACAGUAUGUCAGUGUGACAACCGGGUCUGGUACUUGGGUGGAGAACCCAGCCCAGUCUUAGCGCCUCAGGGAAUGCUUUCUUGUCUAAGGUACUCUUCCCAUCCAGUAAACUCCUAGCUUCAAGAUACUAUUUAUAAGCAAUUUAAACAGUUUCUGAAAUUUCCUGCCUUUUCCAAACAUGAUGUUUUCAGACACAAACAGUGUUUA